AUGGAUGUCAGUACGUUGUUUAAAGCAAGUGUGAAGACGGUUAGCCUUCGUAACAAAACUCUGGGAAUUGCUGAUGGUACGUGGAACCAAAAAAGGGCAAAGAGUAAAAGUGCCUUUUUCAUACAAGCCCAAGGUGUCGUUGCACAGAUCUCAAAGCUACGCGAGUUUCUGUUGGAGAACCGUAAGGCGUACUUGAACUUUUCCAACUAUUUGUCAAACGUGCCGAGCAUGACAGACGCUGAUCGCGACAAGAUCGACAUCGGCGCGCAGAAAAUAAUGAGCACCUGCUCCCAGCUGAUCAAGGAACUAAGAAGAGAGAUAGCAGGCUCCGAGGUUUCUCCACAAAACUUGGAGCAUAGGGAAAUCAUGUUGUUGUUGAUCGAGGAUUACCUGAAAAACGUAUGCAAGAUCUACUCAGAACAGAAAGCUAUACGAGUGAAAAGAGCAGUGGAAAUAAGAAAGAUUGCCAAACUCGAACUAGACACGAAGCCUGUUAAACCAUUGUCCGAAGUGAGGAAACUUAAUUCGAACGCAAAUGAGGACAGUGAAGACAAAGAAAGUAAAAUUGACUCCAGUGAAUCCAGUCCUAUGAAAAUACAAGAAAUAAACGGCGAUGUGAAUGCACUGAUGUAUGAGGAAGAGAUAUCGCCUGAAGAUGUACAAGUGUUCGAGGCAGAAAACGAGCAGCUGUAUAAUGAGCUUAACACAUUGACGGAAGAAGUGAAACAAAUAGAAAGCAAGGUUGUGCAUAUAGCUGAACUUCAAGAAAUAUUCACGGAAAAGGUAUUGGAUCAAGAUAAGGACCUUGAUCGUUUGAUGACGACCGUCGUUGGGUCAACGGAGAAUGUGAAGGAAGCAAACGAACAGAUUAGGCAAGCGAUCCAAAGGAACGCCGGACUCCGAGUGUGGAUCCUUUUUUUCCUACUAGUUAUGUCAUUUUCUCUAUUAUUUCUUGAUUGGUACAACCCUUGAAAUAAACGAGUACGUAUAUCAUCUCUUA